GAAUCCGCAAGCAAUUUGAUCUUUCUUGACUUCUGCAACAGCCGCGUUCUUGCGGUUCAAGAAUCGGAGUGGGUCACUAUUACUUUGAUGGAUUUGGGUUUUGGAGGUCCUGAUUCUUCCUUUCGGUGGUCGGCAUUGGUUCCUUACAGGUUGGAUGAGAGGGUUCUGCAAAUGGAAACGAAGAUAAGGGGGCGGGCGGCCAGCGAGGUGGGAGGCACAGUGUCGCAUUGCUGGCUCAAUCACCGCGGGUCUCGCCCCGCAAACCUUCGAAAACGUCACUUCUCUGAUCAAGAAUAGAUCUGCAGGGAGGCGGAAGGUGGGCAUGGUGCUCUUGCCCGUAGCCUCAGUUGCAGUGCGAUCAUCCUUUUCCGUCGUCGGUGAAGCAUUCUUCUCGACAUUUAUAAGCUUCAAUGGGAUAACCAGCUCAACCAUUCUGGUCUUUGUACGUGUCCACCAGUUGUAUAUAGGGCCUAUUAUAUAUAAUAAGAUGUGCUUCCCUAUGUAUAUUUUAUAUGGAAUUAUAAUGACCAAAGUUAGUGAUGGGAGAUUCAUGUGUCAAUUAGGUUGGUAGGGAGAUUUUGGUAGAUUACAACCCCUUGGAAUGCCUACCUUGUGAAGUUUUUUCUUUCUCAAUAGCAGCCUUUAAGAACGACAAGAAUAGAUUUACUUACACACACUUUACUCACCCAAAAGACUUGUGAUUGGAAGAUAGAAGACAACCACCGUUAUUAAAAAGAAAGGGUAAAUAAUAAUUAAAAAAACAAAAUUAGCAAUCCUCUAAUUACAAGACUAAAAAUAAAUACUAUUAUCAAAAGAGAGAAGCACAAAAAAGCCAUUCCAUCAAACCUCUAAUUAAAUAGAAGAAAAAAAGAAAAAAAAAAGCACAGAUGCGCUUCUUCCGUUUGUCAACCUGUCAUCGACUUCCAGCCCUGUUUUCUUUUGCCUGUCUUCCCAACUUCAUUCUCCAUCUCUCUCUCUCUUCCCUCGUCUCUUUCAACCCACCCACCAUCCUCGAGUUGCCUCCUCCCUCCUCUCCUCUGUUCCAGUUUCUCUCACCCUUCAACAUUUAUAAAACACAGGCAACAACAACCCCACAGAGAGAGAGAGAGAGAGAGAGAGAGAGAGAGAGAACAAAUCAUCGUCACAGCUUUGUUUUCCUGUGAAAGAAAAAUAUAAACAAAGACAGAUAGGAAGAAGAAAGGCUUCUUUUUUUCUUCAUUUAAAAGAGGCCUCGUCGCGGCGGUAAUGGCUCGCCUCUUCAGAUAGAUAGGAGUCCUCGGCGACUUCAAGAAGGAGCCCGACGGCAACUCCUCCCUCCGCUUCUCCUCCGGCGACGCCAUGACCGUCGCCACGGAUCUCCCCUCCCCCUUCGGCCAGCUGGGCGUCUUUCUCUCCGACGCGGAGCUGCGCCAGACCGCCUACGAGAUCUUCGUCGCCGCUUGCCGCGCCAAUGGCGGCAAGCCCCUCACUUACACUCCCCAAUCCGAUCGAACUGUCGACCGCUCCCUGCCGCCGUCGCUAACCUCCGCGGCCGCCAGCAAGAUGAAGAAGGCCUUCGGGAUCAGGUCGCCGACGAAGAAGGGCAGCCUCGGCCAGGAGAGCAUCCCGGUGAAGUCCUCCAAGAAGCCAGCGUCUGUGGGAGAGCUGAUGAGGGUGCAGAUGGGCAUAUCGGAGCAACUCGACGCACGGAUUCGAAGGGGGUUGCUGCGGAUUGCUGCCGGAAAUCUUGGAAAGCGCAUGGAGUCAAUGGUUUUACCAUUAGAGUUUCUGCAGCAGUUCAAGGCUUCAGAUUUUCCUGAUCAACAGGAAUAUAAAGACUGGCAGGCUAGGAAUUUGAAGGUUCUUGAGGCUGGACUACUCCUCCAUCCUCUUCUUCCGUUAGACAAGUCAGAUGCUGCAUCACAAAAGCUUCAUCAAAUUAUGCAUGGGGCUUCAGACGGGCCUAUUGAGACAGGAAAAAACUCUGAAUCAAUGCAGAUUCUACGCAGUGCUGUGACAUCACUUGCUUACAGAUUGUUGGAUGGAAUUGGCUCAGACGCAUGCCACUGGGCAGAUGGAUUUCCACUAAAUCUCCAUCUGUACCAAAUGCUGCUGGAAGCUUGUUUUAACAACAGCAGCGAGGAAGGAUCAACAGUUGAUGAAUUCGAUGAGGUUUUAGAGUUGAUAAAGAAGACAUGGGCCAUCCUUGGAAUAAAUCAGAUGUUUCAUAAUCUCUGCUUUACUUGGACCUUGUUUCUCAGAUUUGUUACAACUGGAGAAGUUGAAGUUGGUCUGCUAAUUGCAGCCGAUGCUCAAUUAACUGAAGUUGCAAGUGAUGCAAAAGCAACACAAGACCCGACUUACUCGAAAAUUUUAAGUUCAACAUUAAGCUAUAUUAUGGAUUGGACAGAGAAAAAACUUUUUGCUUACCAUGAUAUGUUUAAUUCUAGCAACAUUGAGUUGAUGGAAACUGUUGUCUCAUUUGGAGUAACAGCUGCAAAGAUACUAGUCGAAGAUUUUUCUACUGAAUAUCACCGUAAGAGGAGAGAAGAAACUGAUGUAGCUCGUAGCAGAAUUGAUGCCUAUAUUCGAUCAUCGCUUCGUGCUGCCUUUGCUCAGAAAAUGAAACAAACAGCCUCAAGCAAGCUAUCAUCAGAAGACCAGAGUACUCCAUUGCUUUCCAUCCUUGCAGAGGAGAUUGAGGAGUUGGCAAACAAAGAAAAAGAGUUGUUCAGUCCGAUAUUGAAGAAAUGGCAUCCCCUUGCUGCGGGUGUUGCUGUUAUGACUCUUCAUUCUUGUUAUGGAACUGAACUAAAGCAAUUUUUAUCUGGUGUCAAAGAGCUAGCACCAGAUGUACUCCAAGUUCUUAGAGCUGCAGACAAGUUAGAGAAAGAUCUCCUCGACAUUGUUGUUGAAGAUUCUGUUGAUAGUGAUGAUGGGGGCAAGUCACUAAUCAGAGAAAUGCCACCUUACGAAGCUGAAUCUGCUAUUGCCGAUCUUGUAAGAGCAUGGAUAAAGUCUAGACUAGAUCAGCUAAAGGAAUGGCUCGACCGGACCUUGCAGCAAGAGGUUUGGAACCCGAGGGCAAACAAAGAAAAUCGUUCUCCUUCUUCAGUUGAGAUACUGCGGAUGGUUGAUGAAACUUUAGAUGAGUACUUUGAUCUGCCUAUACCCAUGCAUGCUGUCUUGCUUCCAGACUUGCUGAAAGGACUUGAUAGGAGUCUACAACAUUAUGCAUCUGAGGCCCAGUCAGGAUGUGGUGCUCGAAAUGAUUUCAUGCCUGCAUUGCCUGAAUUGACCAGAUGUACAGUUAGUUCCAAGUUACGGAAGAAAAAGGACAAGCCACAGAACUCGACAAAAAGAAGAUCACAAGUUGGAUUGACAAUUGGAGAUUGUUCUUUGGGUUUGUCACAGUUUUGUGUACGCAUUAAUUCACUUUAUCAUAUCCACAAAAUGUUGGAGAACCUGGAAAAGAAAAUAAAGUCCUGUCUGAGGAAUCUUGAAUCAGCUCAAGAAGAUGUAUCAAAUGGCACACAGUCCAGUUUUGAACUUUCUCUAGCUGCUUGCCAAGAAGGAAUUCCGCAGCUUUGUGAGACAACAGCCUACAGGAUGAUCUUUCAUGACCUGGAUCAUGUUCUAUGGAAUUCUUUAUACGUUGGUGAGGCAGCUUCUUCAAGAAUAGAUCCUUUUCUGAAAGAACUCGACCUUAUUCUGGAGGUAGUAUUGAACACAGUGCACAUGAGAGUUCGGCAUCAGCUGAUAACUGAACUGAUGAAAGCUUCUUUUGAUGGGUUGUUGCUAGUGCUGCUUGCUGGUGGCCCAUCGCGUGGUUUCUCUUGCCAAGAUUCUCAGAUUAUUGAGGAGGAUUUCAAAUCUCUAAGAGAGUUAUACUUGGCUGACAGAGAUGGGUUGCCUGAAGAAUUGUUUGACAAGGCUGCAGCAGAAGUGAACAAGGUGCUACCCCUUUUUCGCACUGACACUGAGACCCUCAUUGAGAAGUUCAAACAUAUGAUUGCAGAGACUUACGAUCCUGCAGCCAAAUCCAAAUACCCAAUACCACCAAAUCCAGGGAACUGGGGCCCGACGGAGCCCAGCACGAUUCUACAUGUUCUGUGCCAUAGGAAUGAUGUGGCUGCAACAAAGUUCCUGAAGAGAACCUACAACUUCCCCAAAAAGCUGUAA